GGAAGGGGGACACAAAUGUCUUCAGGCUUAGGUCCCUGGGGGCUCCCAGUCCUGCCCCUGUUCCUCUACUCACAUCCCAGCUCCUCCCAGUUUCUUUUCGGACCUCCUCCUCUUCCCUCCCUUCUCUAUUCCAGGCUGGGUUGGGCUCUAAGCAAGGGGAGGGAUUAGAGCCUCCUCCCUCUCUGCCCCUCCCCAUGGGUCUCUAGGGGGCUGGUGCGGGCAGCAACAGAGGCACUCUGGGCAGCUGGGUGAAGGCCCAUCUGGGCAAGGCCCCCAGCGGCUGCCUUCUCUCGCGGGGCCCUGUGGGCAAGGCUCCUGCUUCACUUUCAGGUUUCUCGAAGUGCCUUCUUGCUCCUGUCUGUUUCCCCAUCCUGCCAGAUUUCUGUUUCUCUUGCUGGGCUUUUGGCAGUAGGGGCUGUGUUGGUGGGCCCCAUGAAGAUGCUCAGUGUUCGGGAUCGCCGGGACCGGCCCCCUGAGGAGGGGGUAGUUGCAGAGCUCCAGGGCUUCGCGGUGGACAAGGCCUUCUUCACCUCCCACAAAGGCAUCCUGCUGGAAACCGAGCUGGCCCUGACCCUCAUCAUCUUCAUCUGCUUCACGGCCUCCAUCUCUGCCUACAUGGCCGCGGCGCUGCUGGAGUUCUUCAUCACACUUGCCUUCCUCUUCCUCUAUGCCACCCAGUACUACCAGCACUUCAACCGGCUUAACUGGCCCUGUCUGGACUUCCUGCGCUGUGUCAGUGCCAUCAUCAUCUUCCUGGUGGUCUCCUUUGCAGCUGUGACCUCCCGGGAUGGAGCUGCCAUUGCUGCUUUUGUUUUUGGCAUCAUCCUGGUUUCCGUCUUUGCCUAUGAUGCAUUCAAGAUCUACCGGACUGAGAUGGCACCCGGGGCCAUCCAGGGGGACCAGCAGUGACUCUGGGGCUACCUGGCUUCUAGGCCUAGCCAGCCAGAGGGGACAGUGGAGCCCAGACACGUCUCCUUGGGAUUCACUAACCCCCAGCCCGCCAAACCCCACCCCAGCCUUACGGAGAUGUCCAGCCUGAGACGUCACUGGGGACUUAUCUGUGGAGCCUGGUGCUCCGGGAUCUGGCUCCUGAUGAAGCUCUGGCCAGAGGAGGGGAACUUAUGUGGGGAGGAAUCUGGGCCCCUAAGUCAUUCCCAAAUUAAAAUAUUCAAAUUCUA